AUGGCUACCGAGCCAGACACUGUCCCUGAGACCAGCGAGACCAAGGCGCCUGUGGAGCCCAUAGCGGAGCCUGAAACAACCCCUGGUGGAAUUACGCCUGUCGAGAAUGCACCCGCUGAAAAGGCACCGCCGGGUGCAGAGACUGAACCCACACAGCCCGCCAAAAAGGAGGACUCCGAGAUUACCGAGGAAGAGGCCAAGGAGAUAGUCGAGGAGUUCGAGUACCUGCUGGAAAAGUCGCAGCAGCUGUUUGCGGGCCUGCGCGACCUGCCCGAAAUCGGCAGCAAGUUCUGGCAGCCGCACUUUCAGCGCACGUUUGACGUCUACACACGGCUCUGGAAGUUCCAGGGUCAGCACCGCCUGCUUCUGGAGAAGCCCGAGCACUAUGGGCUGAAGCGGUGGGAGGUCGGCGAGAUUGCAUCCAAAAUUGGGCAGCUGUAUUACCGGUACUAUCUGCGGACCAGCGAGACGAACUAUCUGCAGGAGGCGUUUGCAUUCUACGACGCUAUCCGCGAGCGCAACUACUUUAAGGACGAGCGCGAGACCAAGAACUCGGCGCUGAUGAUCAAGAAGCUCAGGUACUAUGCGAGGUUCAUUGUUGUGUGUCUGCACAUGAAUUACACGUCGACGAUGAUGCAGCUGCUGGAGGAGGUGCGCGACCUGAUUGAUGUAUAUUCAAUGACAUUCAACCCGGUCGACAAGCUCGAGUGGUCGCUGGUGGUGAAGGAGAUGGCGCUGUUCAUGCAGGCCGUGUGCAGUCCUGUGCCCAGUGACCCGAGCGGCGUCCCGCUGCCUGUCAACUACCGUCUGGUUGCCCGCCGCCGGCCACGCCUCGACAAGGACACGCCCAGGUUCCGCUUGCAGCAGGCCAUUAUUGUUGGCAACAAACCGACUCAAAUCAAAUUCUCCGAGCUGACCCUCGACAUGCAUUACAUGUUGCAGGUGCUGGAACGCGAGCCAACCAACAACAAGGACAGCAGCAAGGAGACAAAUCGCGCCGCCGACGACUCUGGCACAUCGGUGAUCAACACUGCGUCGCUGGUCUCUGAAGGCGCUCAAAUAGCUGAAGGCGAUAUGGGUGCACUGGCCGACGCCAACAGGAACAGCAGCAGCAACGCGGACCCUGCAGACGAUCCUGUCAAAACGGACAAGCACGACGACGAGAAGGAGGUGGAGCGUGAAAAGACAGCGCGCCGCAUGAACCCGCACAAGUAUCUCCUGUAUCUGCCAAACUUUUCCCAAAUCCAGGUGUAUCUCGCCAACGCCUUCCGUGAAAUCGGUGACCAGGGUCUGGAGGCAUGCAAGUACGGGUUUACAGGCGGCAUACACACAACGCAGAGGCAAUCGCCAGAAGGCACGAAAGAUCGCGAUAUUGAGCGGCUCAUCAACACUGUACAUCCAGUUGACCUCCUGCCGUACACACGCAAGCCGUUCUUCCUGGUGGUCGAGAGCGAGUGCUCGCAUGCAUACAAGGGAAUGCCGAACCUGUUCUCGCAGUCGCUGCUGUGCCUUCUAUCCCCCACUGAGUAUCCGACUGCGUCAAGCCGCGGCGGCCUCUACACGUUCUUUCCUGCACUCUCCGCUGCUCGCCUUCUGUGGCAUCUCGCAGCUCUUGUCGAGCUCUUCAGCGAACUCGAGGACCUCGCCUUCGAGCUCCUCAACACGUAUGUUGUCGACCAGGGCAUGCGCAAGUUCCUCAGCGAUGACUACCUCCGCCAGCUGAUGAUCAGGCAUGUGAUAUGCUGUGCAAUGUUGCAGUUGCACCACGACUUUACCCAGCCACAGCAUCACCCGACGUCAGAGCCGCCGUUCGCCAGCGAGAUCAUGGAGGCUCCCGUUCUGGUCAGAAAGGUCAGGGAUAUCGUCGAGUUUUGCAGCGUCGAGCAGUUUUACCGAAUGGAGGACCGCCCUGCAUCGCCCGUGGCGGAGCCAGCACACACAGUGGACGAAGUGCCAGUGGACCCCGCCGAUAUUGCAGAGGCGCACUAUGAGAUGGAGGUCGGACUGGACCGCCACAACCGUCGCACGGAGGAUCUGGAGGAUGGCGAGGUCGUCGAUCUCGCGCGACAGCUGACGCCACCGCCCCCUGCGCGGCUCCCAAGGCUGCAUAUGCGUGCCCCCGUCGAACGCAGCUCGUCGCCAGAGUCCGGUGAUACCAGCGAUAGCACAGAGACCAGCAGACAGCCGCUACGCAGAGCCACAGCAGAACAUGUCGGCCAUGGCCACGCGCAGCAGCACGAGGAUGUCAACAGGAAACUAGCAGCCGUGCCUAGCAGCAGACAGAGCUCCCGGAAUCAGGCGGAGUCGUCGAGAAAGCGCCACCGGACAACGACACAGGCCAGGAGGAGCCACAGCUCAGAGUCGCAGUUCAGCCUCGAAGUGUCCAUCCUCACCGAUGGCACCGCUGUGCCGCACCAGCAGAAAUGCCCGAUCUGUUGCAAGAUCUUGACAGGCAAUAGCACCGACGUCAACAACCACGUCGAUAGGUGUCUAGCGGCCCAGGAUCCAGACCAGGACUCGGGUCCGACUGUUGAGUAUGAGUGGGCAGGCGAGACGAGGCGGCUGGUCCUUGGCUUCAGCACUGCAGCCGAAGUCGACGACGUCGAUGUUGAUAUCGACGCAGACGACGAGACCAACUACGGCCCCGCGCAGUAUACAAACCGUGACCUUGACUUUGAGGAGGUGCCGGCUGCUGGCGCCCGUCGCACAUCGCUUGGACCGCAGUUUGAAUUCAAUGCGCCUGCCAUUGAAGCCGAGCCAGCUGGGACACCGAGCGAUGGUGGCCCGUCGUCUCCCCACCCGGCGCUGUCGUUCAAUUCAGGUGCCUCGCAGCUCAUCAUCGAUGCGCUGAAAGAGCGUAUCCGGCAGCAAGAUCGGCUGAUCCAGGCUACACCCAAAUGCUUCGUGUGUCUGGAAGCCCCUGCUGGCGCCGCACACUAG